AUGCAUAUACACGUUACUCAUGAAUUAAUUUCACAUAUACAGGUAGGGAAUCAAUGUCACUGUGGCAAUCAAUUAUACAGUAAUUUAUUUACGGAGGGCUGCGACAGUAACUGCCCUGGAAAUAGUUGCGAGAGAUGUGGAGGAAUAUCCCGACUGUCUUUGUUUGACACAAGGCUCAAUGACAGCGGCUGUAGCGGAAAUAAAUGUAAAAAUGACCAGACAUGUAAAGAAGAUUCGAAUGGAUACAUAUGUAUCAACGAUACAGCUUCAAAAACAUUAAAUUGUUUGUACAAUGAUAGCACUACCUCACUAGAAAGUACUGUUGCUCCGUCGUCGGGACGUAAUGCUCCAAAAUCAACAACUACUCCCGGUGGACGUAAUGCUCCAAAAUCAACAACAGUUACUACUCCUGGUGGAUCGGCAAACGUCGCUAUGAAUUCUGUAUCAACAGGCCAAGGUGGUUCGGCAAUUGCUUUACCAAAUUCUGAACCAAAUGGUAUAAUUUCUAAAUAUAUUUUUGUUGUAAUUACGUUUAAGGCAUAG